UUACGUAUGUAUAUACAUAACUUCGCAUGAGAGACACAUGUUUGUAGCCACUUUUCUGCGAAUCAGUGCAGCUGUUAACGAAUGUGAAUAGAAUGAGUAUGGAAAAAUCGGUUGCAGGCAAGGAGAUACUGAAGGCAACACCAAAAGAGAGUGAUAAUACAAUGCCAAAUUCAGUAGAGCAAAUACGUACGAAUAUCGAAACAAACGAAAGUUCCCAAAACACAGAUGAAAUUUCGCAAACACUACAGGUGGACUCCGAAAGCGUUGCGGCGCUAACAAGCCGUGAAGUUCUCUACACGCAGGCCUGCAAGGAAAUGUCAGACUACGCGAAGUGCUACGUGGGUGUAUAUACUUCCCUUAUUCAACUCACAUUGAACAAAUUAAAGCUAUUGCCAGAGAAAAGUGUUGCACUACAAACCAAAAUGCUUGAAUUGCAAGGUGUUUUAGCACAAAUUGAAAGUAUUGAUCUGAAGGCUGACUUUGUUUACGACGAUGAACUCUAUGCCGUCGUCAGAGAGAUAGGAAAAGUAGAAGAUGAUUAUGCGGCAAUGAAAACGAACGCGCAGUAUAAGUCAGAAGCCGAUUUGAUACAGCGUAUAUUGAAGGAAGUUGGCUUUGAAGCACAAGAGCAGAGGUUAACGGAGGCAAGAUGCUUGUUGGUAAAGAAUUUCGCGAAUGCUUUGGAUAACUUCAAUGCAACGAUUAGUGACGCAGAGCGCACGACAGAGUGGGAACUGGUAGAAUUUUAUGAACGUUUUAAAGCAGUGUCCGAUUUUCAGGAGCAAUAUAACUAUUUUGACGAGUUUUGGCCGAUAUUUUGGUGAUUUUUGUUCAUUUUUCGCAGGAACUAAAUCAGUAAUUAUAAUACUUAUUUAUGUUUAAUAAAGUUAUAUAACAAA